CAGCUCCUUUAAUCUGAGCCCUGAUAUAACAGACUGUAAUUGAUGAAAGGAAAGAGGACCAUGUUGUUCCUGGAAUCUGACAUCUACUUGGCCUUAUUAGUGAAGCUCUGGCUCCUCCCAGUUAGUAUGCAUGUUGGUGCCUGGCCGUGUAGCUCUCAGAGACUAGUUCGUUCAGCCACGUCUUUUGAUUUGAAAAUGGUAAGAGGAAAACCUCCAGCUGGCCACCUCCUUAGUUUCAUCCAUGAUAACCCUAUCAUAAUAGUGCACCCGUGUGCAAAGAGAUUUGAAGAAGGGCAUACUCCAAGCAUAUACCUAGGAAAAAAAGUUUUUAUCAGCGUGGACAGAUUUGAGAGCAGCCUUCAGCCAGUAAUGGUCCCAGCAGUUUUAGCAAAGUCACCAGCCUUGGUUAGUGCUGCUGUCUUUAUCCACAGUAGUCGUAUUGUACUAGUCAUAAAUGGAAGAGUUUAUCUUUAUUUUUAUAAGGUACUAGAUGUAUGGUUGCCAGCAACAGGGAUUAAUAGUCCAGUUACUGAACUUUCACAGUAUAGUUGUUGCUUCGAUGGACAAAAUCCUGUCUGUUACAAUAUGAGUACAGUUGUUGUGGCAUAUGACACAGGCAGUUUGGCCAGUGACAGUGAGAUCUACUACUCCAAAAAUGGAGGCUUUAAAUUCGAACUGUUACUGGGAAGACCAUACAAGGAUGGCAUAGUGCUUGGAGUGUACUAUUUUGCUUCCUCAUCUGAAAUUGGAUUGCUCCUCAAUAGAACUGAAGGUAAUUCAUCUUUGAUUCAUUUUGUAUAUGGAGACCUAGAGUAUAUGUCCGGUGACACAGGCACACAAUUUGAUUUAACCCUUCACGAUAAAGAAAAAGUUCUCAGCAUAAUGGCCCCUGGCCUAAGAGGUUUCAUCAUACUUUGGACCCAUGACAACUUUGUGAGCUCUUCCAACAAUGGCCAGACAAUAGAAACCAUCACUGUACUUCCCACAGACGCUUAUCCUAACAAAACCUUCCCUACACACGACCAAGGUGUAUGUUUUGUGGCUACCAGCAGUUCUGAGGUUGCAGCCCUCACCAAGAAUCGACUUUUUUAUGGAAGCCUGGAUAUGGUCUCUAUCCAAAUGGUGCUUCUUGGGGAAAAGAAUGUGACCAAGCCUGAUAGCAUCUGUGAGGUGAUGAUGUUUGAAGACAGAGGAACACUUAGUAUCAUAAACCCCAUCCACAGCAAUUUUUCUGAUUAUUAUAAUUUCCAUAAAUGUACCAUCAACAUACAAGCUAGGCUCAUGGAUCUACGGCCACCAAUGCAGCCUUGUCCAAUAGAGAUCCUUAGCGGUGAGUUUCAUGAACACAUGUAUAACAUUGAUGUGAAGCAGGAACUUUCUUUCAAUGUCACAUUUGUGCCCAAGCCAGGCACUGGGGCACAUCCUUAUGUAACUGUGAGCAAUCCACAUGUGCUGGCAUUCCAGGCACACAUUCUGCAAGAAGGCUAUACCUUUGAUGGAAACCCUAAAUAUAUCUUGCAUAUAAAACUGCUGGAACAACAGUUCUCAGGAAUGGCUCAUGAAGAUUUUCAAAGUAACUAUCCCACAGGCAAGGUGUCUUCCAUCACUGUGGAUGUUUACAAUAAAGGUAUAUUCUGUAUUGACAUGCAUCCGUUGACUGCUCUUAUUGCCGUGGACUGCCCACCUAAGAAACAUAUCAGAAUAGUUAGGACCACAAAUGCAUGCAGCAAAGGCCUCUUUAAGCCACGCCUGCUUCAAAAUUUUACUUAUACAAUUGAUAACCAUAUAUACGAUCCAAAGUUUCUUGGUAGAAAAGGUUUACCACAGGAGAACCUCAAUGUCAGCUAUCGUUACGACCUUUGGAGAUGUCCUCUUCUCCUCUAUUAUGACAGUCCUUGGAUUCCAACUCUUGAACUGUGGGAAAACGAUGAGUUUGUGGAAUAUGUAGCUGCUGAUUUUAUACUCCUCGAAGUAAAUGGAAUGCAUAAUUAUGAUUAUCUUCAGAACGAAGUAGAGGCAAAUUGCAUUUCAGGAGCUCAAAAUUGGACCACUCAAAUUGAACUGGAUCCUGAGAACGAUCCAACUACUGCAUGGAACAGACAAAAUUAUGAGAGUUGCAAGCUAUCGAGAGGAAAUCAUUCAUUACCAUCAUCUGCCUCUAAGUAUCAAAUUCUAAACAAGAAGGAGGACAACAGAAUAAUAUUUCCACAGUAUAAUGGCAUUUAUGUCUUCAAAGUCAUUGUUGUAGAUACAGAGUACAGCUACUGUGAUCUAACAACAAUUUUCAGCGUGUAUGUACACGGUGCCCUCCCAAAGUCUGAGAUCAAUGUUGGUAAAACACUGGUUAGCUUCCUGGUUCUGAUAUUUGGCUCCAUCUUGAUGGUAUACUUCUUCCCUAUAUUACUAAAGGAAAAUGCAAGAAUGAAAUCUGUUUGGAACUGA